AGGAAGACAAGGGCAGGACGAGAAACAGGGUGGAGAGAGCGCUAAAUGGAGAUUUGAGACGGGCAGUGAGUCACUUUGUAGUCCAGCACUCCAGUAUCCAGAAAAAAACAGUCACGCGUUACAUGAAAAUCAUUUAAUAUUUAAAAAAAAAAAUGAGAAGACAAGACUAUAGGAUAGACAGAUAAAAAAUAGAUUGUGUGAGUGUGUCAUUUUUUAAUUAAGGGUUAAAUAUUGUUAUUAAAAAAUAAAUAAAUAAUGAAAUGUCAUUUUUGGCUAAUAUUGAACACCUGUGUGAGAGCAAAUAAAAACAUUAAUGGAGCAUCAUAUUAAUGCAAACAUAACAUAUAUUCAGGAUAUAAACAAGCUGUAUUAUUAGACCAUAACGCCUAAAUAGGAAAGUGCCUACAGGUACGAUUUAUGAAUAGCUUGAGUUACCGGCAGAUUAAGUAUUGAUCCCUAAAAAAAAUUAAAUAAAUAAAAAAUCCAUAACCUUUUCACGGUAAAAAAUUUAGAUUUUACGGUUUACGGUAUACCGUCAUUUCCUUAACUGAUAUAAUGUUAACCAACCUACUGAAAUUAACUAUACUAAUAAAACCAGGUGAUGUUGAGAGUGGUGAUCAUAGUGAGGAUGAGCGAAGGCCUAUCACGGGCAGCUUUUAAAUAUUACUGUAUACAGGAGGUGCACCAAACAUCAUCAUGCUCACACACGUGAAAUAACAUUUCAUUUAACAGCAUUACAUUAAACACACAACCCUAAAACUGUCCCGUCUUUGGACUCUCUUUGUUGUUGUUUAUGUCUCGUGUCAUGUGCUCUGUGGGCCCCACCUUCCUUCCUGUUAAUUGAGUGAUUGUCUUCACCUGUGUCUAAUUAAUUUAGUGACUUCCUGUUUGUAUUUAAGUCCUGUGUAAUCGCCGGUUCUCGUCUUUAAAAUGCGUGUGGUUUUUGUCCUGUCUGCCAGUCAGCCUGUAAAUAUAUCAUUUCGUUCUGAGUAGAUUAAAGUGUUUAAGUUUACCUUAUGCUCGUUGCAUGCUCUCUUGCUAACCACACCGUGACAAAAAGUGAAAGCACGGGGAAUUAUGGAAAUUUUACAUUUAUUGUCGCCUUUUUUCACUUCCAAAAUACUACCGUGACACCAAAUGUAGCGUCCAAUACAGUUUUUACCAUAUAUAGCAGGGGAACUUAGCGUUGUAGCAUUUUUACAGUAUUUUACCGUUAAAUUCAAAGCCAUUUUCUAGAGUGUGGCCUUGUUUGAUAGAGCUCGUCUCUGAUGGAGAUACGCGUGUAGAAGAGAGGGAGGCAGGGUGAGAGAUCCCGAGAGACGGAGGAGUGUGAGAACACAAGCCUGAGACCAAUUAAGAGACAGGCGCUUUACUGCUGUAAUCAUACACACGCUGACUGGUCAACGUAGAGGAGCCAUGAUGAAUAAUGCAUCGGCGGGUGGGUGUGGACCAGCGCGUGUGUGUGUGAGCAGGAGGCGGAGAGCGAGCGUGUGUGUGUGUGUGUGUGCGUGCAUGUGUGUGUGUGUGUGUGAGGAAUCCUUCCCCCAGCCCUCAGCCAGCCUGCAACAUGAGGUCAGCGAGCUAGCGGAGAAGAGCAGAGAGAGCGAGGAGGAGAGGAGCAGGAGGAGAAUGGUCUGAGGAGGAGGAAUAUGCAGAGCAGAGGAAGAGCAGCCCCUCGAUGGCAGCCAUGCUGAGUCCAAAGAUCAGGCAGACCCGGAGAGCCAGGUCCAAGAGCAUGGUGAUGGGAGAGGCGUCUCAUGGCUCGUGUCGGUCCACCUCCCCGAGUCUCCAGGAGGGAGUGCUAAAGGCCGGCUGGCUGAAGAAGCAGAGGAGCAUCAUGAAGAACUGGCAGCUGCGCUGGUUUGUGCUGCGUGCAGAGCACCUCUACUUCUACAAGGAUGAAGAGGAGACCAAACCUCAGGGCUGCAUCUCACUGAAGGGCAGCCAAGUGAACGAACUGACAGCCAACCCAGAAGAACCCGGCCGAAACCUUUUUGAGAUUGUCCCAGCCGGAGAGAAAGACAAGGCUGCAGUGAGCCACGAGUCCUUUCUGCUCAUGGCCAACUCUCAGAGCGACAUGGACGACUGGGUGAAGGCCAUCAGACGGGUCAUAUGGGCUCCGUUCGGAGGAGGAAUAUUUGGCCAGCGUUUGGAGGACACUGUACAAUAUGAGAGGAAGUUCGGUCCUCGUCUCGCCCCUCUCUUAGUGGAGCAGUGUGUGGAUUUCAUCAGGGAACAGGGUCUUGAUGAAGAGGGCUUGUUCCGGAUGCCAGGACAAGCCAACCUCGUGAAGGAGCUUCAGGAGGCCUUUGACUGUGGAGAUAAACCUCAGUUUGACAGUAACACCGAUGUCCACACCGUGGCUUCCCUGCUGAAGCUGUAUCUCAGGGAGCUCCCCGAGCCCGUCGUUCCCUUCUGCAAGUAUGAAGACUUUCUCACUUGUGCUCAGCUCCUGGCCAAAGAGGAGGAGGAGGGAAUACAAGAAUUAGGGAAGCUGGUGACGACCCUUCCAGCUGCCAAUUACAACCUUCUGAAAUAUAUAUGCAAAUUUCUGGAUGAGGUACAGUCUCACUCAAAUGAAAACAAAAUGGGUGUGCAGAACCUGGCCACCGUGUUCGGACCAAAUAUCCUCCGUCCCAAAAUGGAGGAUCCAGUAGCUAUUAUGGAAGGCACCUCCCUUGUUCAGCAUCUCAUGACUCUGCUCAUCAGCAAACACGAACGCCUGUACACUGAAAGAGACUCAGAAACAUCACAGAACCAGGCGGAGCCCAAGGACCAAAGCCAGCAACUUCAGCAGUCCAACCUGGUGGACUGGAUCUCUGAGGAGGAUCUCCAAACCUGCCCGUCUACAGAUGCUGCUUCAGCCUCCAAGCCUUCACCUCAGGGAAAGGGAGAGACGGCCAUCAGCCCUAGUAAGCAGGCCAAGACGAUUCCAGGAUGGAAGUACACCUUCAAAGGCUCCUCAGCCAAAGGAGCCUCCGCAGCGGACGGUGGGAACUGGUUAAUGAACGGCCUGUCCUCAUUGAGGGGACACCGCCGAACCUCGUCCGGCGAACGCUCCAGGGACUCAGGCUCCUCUCAGAGACUGUCUACUUAUGACAACGUCACUUCUUCAUCGAGUCUGGGCAGCGUGCUAAGUAUGGACAGCACACCGUGGUCCACCUCGUCCUGCGAGAUCUCCGUCACAGACUCAGGAGGGGAGCCGCUGGGGACAGAAGACGGGCCGAGCGCUCCGGAGGAACGGAGCGAGGAGGAAGCUAAGCCCGUAGAACAAGAGGAGGAUGCUGAGGAGAAGCGCUCGAGUUUGUUUUGCGGCGAUAAUGCUGCACCGGUCAUUAGAGUCAUGGACGAAGACGGAGAUGCAGACGAAAGCCCUUCGUCUCUGGUCAGCGUUGUGGCAGAACUGAAAGAAGAGUUAAGGAAGCAGAAACAGACUUAUGAAUCUAGAAUUAAAAAGCUGGAAGAGUCGAGUUCAGCCCUGUGUGCGCAGAUGGAGAGACUUGAGCAAGAGAUGGAACAGGAGAGAAAAAGAAAACGAAUGCUUGAGAUCAAACUGAGGAACUCUGAACGGGCCCGUGAGGAUGCAGAAAACCGCAAUCGCCUCCUUGAGAAGGAGAUGGAAGACUUCUUCUCCACGCUGGGGGAUCUGGCUCUUGGAAGCCGCACCAGUGACAUAUGAUGCAGAAACAAACACACCCAAAGACCAGAGCUCUCAGACGUCUCCGUGAAUCAUGUGGACAAUUUUAUGUCCGCAAAAUUUUUGAGAACGUUCCCCUCAAGCCAUUUUAAAGCAAUUUCUUUCUGGAGCUUUCAGGUCUGAAUGUCCUGAAAUCGGUUCAGUUGAUAUCAUGCAUCUUUGGCAUGUUCAGGGUUCCCGGUCUGAAUGAUAACAAUGGUGAUUAGAGCGGAGUCAUGGGCUUUGGCACAUAAAUGAGCUGAAAAUUUACUUCAAGGUCAUCUAGUUUGUUCAGAUUGGCAUCAGCGCAACAAUAGAUGCUCUGCAGUGAAUGGGUGCCGUCAGACUGAGAGUCCAAACGGAUGAUAAAAACUUCACAAUCCACAGCACUCAAGUCCAUCAGUUAACAUCUGGAUUUUUAAUUUUAAACUUAAACAUUUUAUUUGAUCCUUUAAUUUUCCUACAAACAUCUUUUUGCUUCGUGACAAUUACUUGUGGAUUAUUGUGAUGUUUUUAUCAACAGUUUGGACUCUCAUUCUGACAGCACCCAAUCACUGCAGAGUUUCUCCAAAUCUGAUGAAGAAACAAACUCCUCUACAUCUUGGAUGACCUGAGUGUGAGGAAAUGUUCAUUUUUGGGUGAAUACACUGUUAGGCAGGCCACUGCUUUACAAAAUAAAUUGAAUGCACGCAUUUUUGACUAAAUUAACUCAAAAUAUUGGCACUGAAACCGUUUUCUUGCAUAUUCGGUGGAGUUUCAAGACCGUCAGUGCCACUUUCAUGAAAAAAAAAGUUUGAAACAUGACAUUUUGCCAAUGGCUCUAAUUUUAUAUGUAUUUUACACAGUUUAGGUGUAUAGAAAGGCUAGAAAUGCUCUGUGGAUGUGAGUGGUCAAACGCUGUCAUAGAUUUUGUAGACUCAGCUCAUUUUCUGAACUGUUUUCCGACUGCAUAGUAGGUAAAUUGUGUAUUAGCAAGAUGGCCGUAGCCCAAUGGUUCAUUUUCCAGGCUGCUAAUAUGAAUGUUUCAGGUUCAAUCUCAAGAAGAAGAGACCCAGAAACUGGACAUCACCACUGUGCCCUCAAGCAAAGUGCUUUUUGCUGCUCAACACGUUUCAGUUACGGAUCCAUUUGGAUAUUAUUUGGAUUUUACUAGAACGACAGCUUUUACAAAGGACUUUAAUGCAUAUGUAGAGUAUGUGAAGAUGUUAUACAUCAUGAUUAGAGUAUUAUACUGCGGUCAUACGUGACGAUUAGACUUUGUGCUGUGCUGAAAUGUUACCAAGUGUCACUGUGGUGGUAUGUAAUUAUUCACAAAGGACUAAAUUAAACAAACGGACAAGAAUGUACUCCA